AUGACCGUCACCUCCUUUGUGACAGACCCUCUUAGAUUGCUGCCUACAGAGAUUGUCCUUCGCAUUUUGGAAUUCACCCCCAUCUCUGCCCUUGCGUCCCUCACCGCGGUCUCCCACGCUUGGCACCGAUUUAUCGACGUCACCCAUCAAGAAGCCAUCUACGCCUCCAAGUCCAAAACUUCUCGAUCCCCUGGAGCCACCCGCGAUUUUUCAUUUUUGUCCGAUAACACAAGCUUCGCGAAGUUCUUUGAGGGCACCACGUCGUGGAAGGAGCUAUGCAGACGUCAGACCCUGCUCUCCCGCAAUUGGGCUGCGGUGCACCCAGUGACCCGUGAGUCGGUGUUGCAAGUUGGAAAUGACCCCGUUUGGCGGUUUCGCGCCGAUUUCAAGCGUCGCUUCUUUGUUUCCACGUCCCAGGCAGGGGGCCUGAACGUCACCGACAUGGACACGGGCCGCAUCCUCUGGUCCCUCCCCUCCACGCUAGACCAUGCCGAGGACGCAGUCCGCCCAUACGCGCAUCUGGAAUAUCAGGAUGGAAUGGCGGUGUUUGAUCGCGAAGGGGAUGCGGUGGAAGUCUGGCAGGCGGACCUGGAUGGCGCGAGUCGUGGGGUGUUCCGGCGCAUCGCGGUCUUGAAUCAUGACUGCCAGACGCGAGGCUUUCAACUUUCCUACUGGACGCUCUGUGUGGUCUCGACCCAGGGACAGGGCUUUGUAUAUGAUAUGACGCAGCGGCCGCCCAAGUUAACCACCCAUCUAGAAAUCGAACACAACGCGGUCGGCCAUCUCGACCAGAACGAGGACGCGGUGAUGUACUCGAUGGGGUCGCGAGGCUACCAUGUAUACAACAAGACGUCGGGCGCGUUCUUGGGCGCGUUGCAGCCGUCACAUUGUAUGGACAAAUAUCAUAUCCUUGCCCCCGUCGCCCCUCCUUCAGCCGCUGCAGCGCGACACGGUCCUACCCUUCGAAUAUUCCCUCCCGGGGCCCCUCGUAAGGACCGCCUGGUGCCGAUCAAGCUGGCGAAAGGCCCUCUUCCACCACCUACCGACCCAGAACAUGUUUAUCAUAGUGAGGAUGAAUGGGGUGCGGGUAUGGUGCAAGGCGACCUGUUCGUCGGCUUCUCUCGCGCCGGUCGCAUCUUCGUGUGCUUCGAUUGGCGGAAGGCCCUCCACGACCGGGAUAGUCUCGCGGCGCACAGCUCCCUCAUCGAGUGCGAGUCGGAUGGGUCCAGCUUUGACCUCGGUGGCUGGCUAUCGGUGCGCGACCACCGCAUCAUGGUCGAGAUCCAAGACCGAAUUUAUGUCGUCGCGCUGGACGACCACAACCGGAUCCAAGACGUGGAUCGUCCGGCUCGCGCGUCAUACUCACUCGUCACGAGCUCGGCGCCACAGCUGGCCAUUCCAGUUAGCUUCAUGGCGUUAUACGAUGAUGGGAUCUUAACCACCUACACCACCCUUGGUUGGCGCCCAACCCCCCAAGAACAACAUAAUGCCCGCGCCCGUAUCUUCCCAACUAAAACCAUCCGCAUUGUCAGCUUGGCGCCCGAUCUCUCUGUUGAAGCAGAACAUGCGCGCGAGUCACCGGUGGCGGACGAAGGCUUAGACCACCAGGGUUCGCAGCGUCAGCCGGCAGGCGGGAUCUGGCGCUCACAGCUUGGGAUGCUGCAGUUGGUGAGCAUGCUUGGGAACGAAUUUCAAGACGUGGAUGAUGAACUGGGGUUGGAGACCGAUGAUGAGGACGACGACGAGGAGUGGGUCGAUCAAGAGGAUAAUGAGAACGAGGCGCAUUCCUAG